CCAGUGCCGCCGCCACCGCCGCGACCGCUCGCCGAACCGGCGGGAGAACCGAGCGCCGUAGCGAAGCCGACUCGUCUGGCCGCGGCGGCGCGGGGGGCGGCCGGAGCGCGCUCCCCUGCCGGGAAGAGGCGCCCGGGGGUGGCGGCCGGGGUGCAGGUCGGGCUGCAGACGGUGGCGCUUGUUUGUGCGGGGCGGGGGGGCGGCUUCACCCUCUGCCCCCGCCCGCCCUGCCGGGCUGCGGAGCCCGGCCGUCCCCAGGCCCAGCCGGAGCGGCGCGAGGUUGGCGAAAGGGUCGGAAAGAGGAGGAAAAGCGGCCGCUCCCCGCCGCCGCCUUCCCCUCCCCCUCCGCCUCGCCCCCCCGCCCGGAAAGUCAGGGCGGCUCCGGGCGCCGGGGGGGAGGAGAGCGGCGGGCUGGGCCGGAGCCGCCGCCGCGCGCCCCCGCCCGCCGGCCCGCGGCGACCAGGCCGGGGGGCUGUUUGCAAACUGCGCCCAUUUUGUGGGGCCGAAUCCGCCCGGGCUACGCUCCUCCAUCACGUGUUUGUUCUCAGGGGAGGCAGUGAGGGGCCGUGGAGCUGGCCUCAGCACCAGGAGAGGCUGGACUUCCUGUCUCUCUGUGCUGAAUGGCUGCGAUGGCGCCCGCUCUCACUGACGCAGCAGCUGAAGCACACCACAUCCGGUUCAAACUGGCUCCCCCAUCCUCCACCUUGUCUCCAGGCAGUGCCGAAAAUAACGGCAACGCCAACAUCCUCAUUGCUGCCAACGGAACCAAAAGAAAAGCCAUUACUGCAGAAGAUCCCAGUCUAGACUUCCGAAAUAAUCCUACCAAGGAAGACUUGGGAAAGCUGCAACCACUGGUGGCAUCUUACCUCUGCUCUGAUGUAACAUCUGUUCCUUCGAAGGAAUCUUUGAAAUUACAAGGGGUCUUUAGCAAGCAGACAGUCCUUAAAUCUCAUCCUCUCUUAUCGCAGUCCUAUGAACUCCGAGCUGAGCUGUUGGGGAGGCAGCCAGUUUUGGAGUUUUCCUUAGAAAAUCUUAGAACCAUGAAUACAAGUGGUCAGACAACUCUGCCACAAGCUCCUGUAAAUGGAUUGGCUAAGAAAUUGACUAAAAGUUCAACACAUUCUGAUCAUGACAAUUCCACUUCCCUCAAUGGGGGAAAACGGGCUCUCACUUCAUCUGCUCUGCAGGGAGGUGAAGUGGGGGUAUGUGACUCUGGGGACUUAAAAGGGGGUAUGACCAAUUGCACUCUUCCACACAGAAGCCUUGAUGUAGAACACACAACUCUAUAUAGCAAUAAUAGCACUGCAAACAAAUCUUCUGUCAAUUCCAUGGAACAGCCCGCACUUCAAGGAAGCAGCAGGUUAUCACCUGUUACAGACUCCAGCUCUAACUUGGGAGGUAUCAAGUUAGAGGGCAAAAAGUCUCCCCAGUCUUCCAUUCUUUUCAGUGCUUUAGAUUCUGAUACAAGGAUCACAGCUUUACUGAGGCGACAGGCUGAUAUUGAGAUCCGUGCCCGCAGGUUACAGAAGCGCUUACAGGUUGUACAAGCCAAGCAAGUGGAGAGGCAUUUACAGCAUCAAUUGGGUGGAUUUUUGGAGAAGACUUUGAGUAAACUGCCAAAUUUGGAAUCCUUGAGGUCCCGGAGCCAGUUGAUGCUGACCCGAAAGGCUGAAGCUGCCUUGAGAAAGGCUGCCAAUGAGACCACCACUUCAGAAGGACUUAGCAACUUCUUGAAAAGCAAUUCAAUUUCAGAAGAGUUGGAGAGAUUUACAGCUAGUGGCAUAGCCAAUUUGAGGUGCAGUGAACAAGCAUUUGAUUCAGACGUCACUGACAGUAGUUCAGGCGGGGAGUCUGAUAUUGAAGAGGAAGAACUGACCAGAGCUGAUCCUGAGCAGUGCCAUGUACCCCUGAGACGCAGGUCAGAAUGGAGAUGGGCUGCAGACCGAGCAGCUAUUGUCAGCCGCUGGAACUGGCUUCAGGCCCAUGUUUCGGACUUGGAAUAUCGAAUUCGUCAGCAAACAGAUAUUUACAAACAGAUACGUGCUAAUAAGGGGUUGAUAGUUCUUGGAGAGGCAUCUCCUCCAGAACAUACAACAGACUUACUUCUUCCACUUAGUUCUGAGGUAAAGACAGAUCAUGGGACUGAUAAACUGAUUGAGACUGUUUCUCAGCCAUUAGAAAGCCAUGGUGCCCCUAUUGGACAUAUUUCAGAGACAUUGUCUACCAAAUCAUGUGGAGCACUGAGACCUGUCAAUGGGGUGGUUAACACUCUUCAGCCUGUCCUGGCAGACCAUGUUUCAUGUGACAGCUCUGAUGCUGAGGAACAAUUACAUAAAAAACAACGACUAAAUCUAGUUUCUUCAUCAUCCGAUGGCACCUGUAUGGCAGCCCGAACUCGUCCUGUACUGAGCUGUAAGAAAAGGAGACUUGUUAGGCCCAACAGCAUUGUUCCUCUUUCCAGAAAGGCUCACCGGAAUAGCACAGUCCGCACUGGCUGUGAUGUGAAUCCCUUCUGUGCACUGUGUGGUUCUGGCAGUGUCAGCACCAUGCCUCCUGAAGUCCACUAUGAAGCCCCUCUGUUGGAACGUCUUUCCCAGCUGGACUCUUGUGUUCACCCUGUGCUAGCAUUUCCAGAUGAUGUUCCCACAGGUUUGCACUUCCAGAGCAUGCUGAAAACUCAGUGGCAGAACAAACCUUUUGACAAGAUUAGACCUCCCAAGAAGUUUUCACUUAAGCACAGAGCACCCAUGCCAGGCAGUCUGCCAGAUCCAACUCGUAAAGACAGGCACAAGUUGGUCAGCUCCUUCCUAACAACAGCCAAGCUGUCCCAUCACCAAACCCGGCUUGACAGGACCCACAGGCAGCACUUAGACGAUGUGGGGGCCGUGCCCAUGGUAGAGCGAGUGACAGCGCCAAAAGCAGAGCGCUUGCUCAAUCCACCACCACCUGUGCAUGACCCAAACCACAGCAAAAUGAGAUUGCGAGACCAUUCAUCUGAGAGAAGUGAAGUGUUGAAGCAUCACACGGACACAAGCAAUUCAGGCUACUUGGCAGCCACCCACCAUUCACCACAUAGUCCCUUGGUGCGACAACUUUCCACCUCAUCAGACACGUCUACACCUACCAGCUCUAGUUCACAGGCUACAGCCAGCACAUCUCAGCCAGUAAGGAGGAGAAGGGGAGAGAGCUCAUUUGAUAUUAACAACAUCGUCAUCCCCAUGUCUGUUGCUGCAACAACUCGUGUAGAGAAACUACAAUAUAAGGAAAUUCUUACUCCCAGCUGGCGGGAAGUUGAUCUUCAGUCUCUGAAGGGGAAUCCUGAUGAGGAGAAUGAGGAGAUUGAAGACCUGUCUGAUGCCGCCUUUGCCGCUCUGCAUGCCAAAUGUGAGGAGAUGGAGAGGGCACGAUGGUUGUGGACCACGAGUGUGCCACCCCAGCGGCGGGGCAGCAGGUCUUACAGGUCAUCAGACGGCCGGACCACCCCCCAGCUGGGCAGUGCCAACCCCUCCACCCCACAGCCCGCCUCCCCUGAUGUCAGUAGUGGCCACUCUCUAUCAGAAUUCUCCCAUGGUCAGUCCCCUAGGAGCCCCAUUAGCCCAGAACUGCACUCAGCACCCCUCACCCCUGUAGCUCGGGACACUUUGAGACACUUAACCAGCGAAGACACCCGUUGUUCCACACCAGAACUGGGGCUGGAUGAACAGUCUGUCCAGCCAUGGGAGCGGCGGACCUUCCCCCUGGCAUACAGUCCCCAGGCAGAAUGUGAGGACCAGCUCGAUGCACAAGAACGGGCAGCCCGUUGCACUCGGCGCACCUCAGGCAGCAAGACUGGCCGGGAGAUGGAGGUGGCACCCACCUCGCCUCCCACUGUCCCCCUCAAGAGUCGGCAUCUAGCAACGACAGUCACAGCCCAGCGCCCAACUCACAGAUGAGCGGGAGAGGAGAAUCUAAACAGACUCACUACUAUUGGCAUUAAAGCUUCAGAAUCUCUGCGUUUGAUAUUCAAACAUCAUAUGCUGGAAAUUUUCACAGUUUUUAGUGAACUUAAGGAACUUAGACCCUCCUUUGUUGUUGUUUUUUUUUUUUGUUUUGUUUUUCUUGUUUUGAUUUUUGCUUUGUUUGUUUUCAUGUUAUCACACACCUGAGCACUUCCUCCAGUUGGCAGAAGUUCAGGAUAAGACCCUGUAGGCCUGGUCCUGGCGCAUCCUCUGCACUGUUGAAUCACUGGACUUCCCAAUGUUAGAUGAUUAUCCUCCCUCGAAUCUGUGGGUGGGGUGGACCAGCCAAACAGGCAGCAGUGGAAAGCUCCAGUUGAGCAAAAGCCUUCUUAGGAUAGGACAGGAUGGAGCAAGGUGCUUGGGGCUCCUACCCCUCCCCUGCCAUCCAUGGCUUUGGCUCAGCUCUGGCUGGGUCCUCCAUGGUCUUCUGUAUGGAAGCCACCCACAGGACCUCUUUGCCAUAAUUGCCAGCUGUCCUUACAGAGCUCUGAGCUGGCAGAAAGGCUUCCCCGUGUCACCUAGACCUUGAAACAUUUUAACUUUCAUCUACAUUUGGUCAUCUGUCUUGACUCACUGCAGUAACCUGCGGCUGCUCAGGUUCCCCCAUCCUGCUCCCUCCUUUCCCUCCCUUAUUGCUCCCCCCAUGCCAUAUGUGUGUGUGUAUGCACAUGCUUGCACACAUACACAGAGUCCACUUGGAAUGUAGUUUAGCACCUAUUCUGACCUAUGAAGGUACGGUUAGGACUGCUUAACUGCUCCCAACUCCCAUCACAUGGGGGUUAGGGGAGUGAGCGCCAUCUCUCCUGGAUCAUUUUGUUUUCACUGACUGGUUCACUCGGCUGUUUCCUACACCUCCUGUUCCCAGUGUCAGACUUUCCCCUUCCCACUCCUCUUGCCUGUGAAACACUGUCUGGUCCUAGCUGUGGUUCCCAUCACUCCCCAUCACCCUCCCGUGUAAACCUUGUGCCUGUCUCAUGUAUAAUCUCAUCACCAAAAAGGGGGAGGGGGGGAAGGACUUUUUUUUUCCUGCCAUUUUGUAAUCGUAUAAAAAUAGUAGACAAAACUGCUUAAUGGUUGGGGUUUUUCCACAAUUUUCAACGUUAGUGAUUUUUUUUUUUGGGUUCUGUUGUAAGUUUAAAGGUUUGUCAUUGUUUCUUUAAACAAUAAUAAUGCACCAUAUCCCUAUGCAUAAAGUGCUUCUUCUAUUUAUAAGGUUGAAAAUUCUGAAUAACCCUUUUAGCAUUGUAAAAAAAAAUUUAAAAGACCUUGUAUUUUGUAAAUAUUUUCUUUUCCUGCUUUGAGCUGUGUAAUGGCAGCGAAACAUGUAGCUGUCUUUGUUCUAUAGAAAUGCUUUUCUUCAGAGAAGCUGAUCUUUGUUAAUGUCUUGAUUCUGUUCGCAAAGCACAGACUAGUGCUUUAAAAAAAAAAAAAGGAAGGAAAAAAUGAAAAAAAUAAUAAUAAAAAAAGUUACAGA